UUCCCAAGUCGACAUCACGACAACCGACGUGCACCGCAGCCAGGGAAAGGUCUUUUAGAUAAGACAGUUCUCUUCGACUCUUCCCCCUUCUCUUCUUUGGUUGUUUUCAGAGGCCGGAAGCCACAGAAAUCCAUCACGAUGCCUUCCGAGAGCGGUCACAGAUUAUACGUCAAGGGACGCCACCUGAGCUAUCAGCGCUCCCGCCACGUCACCCACCCUGGCACCAGCCUGAUCAAGAUUGAGGGUGUUGACGACACCAACGCCGCCAACUUCUACCUUGGCAAGAAGGUCGCCUACGUCUACCGGGGCCAGAAGGAGAUCCGGGGCUCCAAGAUCCGUGUCAUCUGGGGCAAGGUCACCCGGCCGCAUGGCAACUCUGGCGUCGUUCGCGCCAAGUUCUCCUCUCCUCUCCCAACAAAGUCUUUCGGUGCUUCGGUUCGUGUCAUGCUGUACCCCUCCUCGAUAUAAAUAGGGAUUCGGGAUGGAGUUGGUCGUGAGGGCGGUUCUCAUUUGGCUGCAUUGGUCGAGGCAAGGGUAAAGCAUAUUGCCUUGCUGGAGGCAUUCAAUUAAAAAGACGUCAAACACCCCA